AUGAAACGAAGAAUUGCGAAUCAGAAUCCAAACGUAUGGGGGGAAAUUACAACCAUAUUAAGACAUAUCCAUUGGAAGGUUUCCAAGAAAAAAAUUGUAAAAAAUUCAAAAACGGAUUCUGUAUUUCACAGAAACAGAAAUCGAACAGUAAUAUUAAGUUAUCAAGAAAAUGACACAAACAAGAAGAAGCUCUCCAUUCUCAAACAUCAUCCCAACGCUUUCCUAAUAUUGUACAAAGGAAAUUAUUUCAAAAUUAGAAGAGGCAUUGCCGAUAUACACAAAAGAGUGCAUCCAACAAGAAAUGGAUUGGGCAUGCACAUAAUCAAGAACCCACAGAAUAGACCAAAUAGGAGGAAGAAGAAGAAGGCACACUUGAUUGGAAGGAGUUCAAAUGGGAGAAGAGAAAGACGAGAAAAUCAAAAGAGAGGCAUAACUGACAAAAUCAACGGAACCAGCACAAGCAGUGACCAUGUGACAGAUCUAAUCACCUUCAUUCAAAGAUGCGUAAAUUCUCAAAAUAUACAAGAAGGAAAAGGAACACACGCCACCCUCUUGAACUCCAUUUUUGUAAAUCCGAAAAGAAAAUUCGUUAUGGAGGUGGAACAACAACCAAACGAACCCCCUAACAUAGAAAUAAAAAUUACACCCAAUCAGAAUAUAACAAAUGAAAGAGAAAGAAGAAGAAGAAGAAUAAGAAGGGAAAAAAAUAAAAAACGAAAAAAAACAAAAAAAGAGAACAAUACGGAAGAUUCUUCCACUCUUGUCAAACACAACAAUAUCCAUUCUGAAAGGAUCGAAGAGAAGAAUGUGACAUUUAUAUGGAACGGCACAACAGGAGGAUCCAAUUAUACCAGUAAAAGAGGAGUCAGUAAUAGUGAUAAUGCAGAACAAGGCACAAGAGAACAGAAAGAAAAAAAAAAUGAAAACGAUAAACAUGGUGGUAGUGGAAAAAAUGAAAAAGAAGGAUAUGACCUCAAUCAUCAUCGAAAUUGCGACAGGAGAGAAGACAAACAGAAGGAUCAAGAAGACGAAAGCGCCAAUGAUGAUAGUGAUAAGAAUGACCAGAACUAUCAGACCGAUCAAAGUGAUGAAACAGGGAAAAGUGAAAAAUCCGAUCAAACUGAUCAAAGUGAAAAAUCCGAUCAAACUGAUCAAAGUGAAACAUUCGAUCAAACUGAUCAAAGCGAAAAAUCCGAUCAAACUGAUCAAAGCGAAAAGUCCAAUAAAACUGAUCCGAUCGAGCAAAAUCCAUCCAUGAAACCCGCACAAUCAAAUUGCAUUUUCAAAAGAGACACCCACACAAGAGAAAAAAUGGAAAUAACAAAGCGCACCCGUCUCCGUAAUAAGAAGAAAAUUACAGUUAGUUCCUCCACAUCCAAUGGCAGUGAUGGAAGUGAUGGAAGUGAAUCGUCUAUUUAUAACAUAUUUGAGGAAGAUUUCUCUUUCUUCUAUACUCACAAAGAAAAUCCGUUUAACUAUAGCAGUUGUGACAACCAUGAAGAGAAUGGCAAAAUAGAGAGACGUCCUCAAGGGAGAGAAAUCUUACCAGAAGGGGUAAAUAACUUGGGUGACACAAACAGAGUUUCCAUUUUAAAGGAUGGAAUUUCAAAGUUUUAUGAAGAGAAAGAUAGAGUAUAUUCAUUCAGAGGGGAACAGAAAGGGAAUACUGAAAAUGAAGAUGAUGAUAUGUCACAACCACCACACGCAUGCGUAGUAAGUGGAAUAUCCAAUCGAAACACGGGAAAGAUGAAGAAAAAGAAAAAGAAAAAAAAAAAAAAAAGAAAGCAGAUGAACAGCACCAGUUGGAAGAAUCACACUAAUCAGAUGAACCACGCCAGUUGGAAGAACCAUACCAAUCGGAUGAUAACAAAAAAAGGUGCACGUAACUGUGGCGAAAUUGUUAGCAACUUGGGGGAAUACUCAGAUUACCAGGUGGCAAGCAGCUCACGAAACUCGUACUCAUCAUAUAACAAAAAAAUAGACAUUUCAGACAAGAGCAAUUGCAACAUAUUUUUAUACAAAAAGGAAAAUAUUCUACGCUUGAAAAGAAAUAAUGAAAAUAAGAGAAAAAAAACAAAUUGCAACGAUAUAAUUUAUCAUAUCGAUACUAUUGUAAACGUGAACAGAAAAAUAAAAGUAGUUAUUAUCGGAGCGGGGUUAUCUGGACUAGCAGCUGCAUACAUACUCCAGAGUCAUAAAAUAGAUGUAACGGUAUAUGAAGCAAGAAACAGAAUAGGUGGGAAAUUUAUGUAUUCAACUAAUUCUAAAAAGAAUUAUAUAGGAGAAAUGGAUCUACUAGUUAGUCGAAAUAAUCCGUUAAUAAAUUUCUGCUUAAAGAAAAAUAUUUACAAUAAAGAUGUAAAUCGACACUUGUACAAGCAUUUCAUAUAUUUCAAUGAAAAGAAGAUAUACAAAUAUGAAAUGAGAAACGAAUUUUUUAAAGUUAUUAACAAACUCAGAUAUUAUUAUGAUCAAAUUUUUAACUCUAACACUUUUAAAUGUGUAAAAGAUAAAAAUACUUUGCUACACUUAUCAUUAGGUGAGGUCAUACGAAGAGAAGUAGAAAAUAUGAAAACCCAAAAAAAUCCGAAAUAUAUUUAUGUUCAGCUCUAUUUGUCUUACAUUGAAUCUGCUUGUGGUAUUAAUAUCAAUUCUUUAUCGAUUCAGUACCUUUUCUACAAUCUCAGCUUUCUAGAUGUGUUUCAAAAUAUCUGUUGCAAUUUUGAACUAAACGAAAUUUUCAAGAAACUCAAAAAAAAUAUUAAUAUUAAAAAAAACAAAAUUGUAAAUAAAAUAUACUCCUACAAUGAUAGUAUAAAAAUCGGAUUUAAAAAUUAUGAGGAUAAAAAGUUGUAUGACUAUUGUAUCAUAACAGCACCUAUAGGUGUAUUAAAGGAAAGUGUUAAGUUCUUUGGCAAAAAAAAGAGAAUCCAUAAAAACCCUUUUGUAGACACAGAAAAACGUCUGAAUAAUGCAUCUACAAAGGUAAAGCAAUCCAACCGGAAUAACAAUAAUAUCUCCAAAAGAAUGAACAAAAAUAGGGUAGACAACCAUCAACAUUGCUCAGAUAACCAACAGAUCACUGCGACGCACAUCAAGCAUCAUUCCAAAAAUAUUUCCCGAAUGGAUGAAUUAAAAAGAGUAUCUGAAUUUUGUCAACCGAGGAAAAUAAACCAAAAAUCCAACACGCAUAAAAAUAUUCAUCAGAAACAAUCAGAACAUGCUCUAGCAACAGUGGCAGCAGAAGCAACAGCAGCAACAACAGCAACAACAACAACAACCUCGUUUCAGAGAGAAAAGAAAAAAAUCUGGAAAAGAGAGAAAAACCCAAAGCAUCAUAAUACAUCCACAAGUAGUGAUUAUAUGAUUAACAAUAUAGAUAUAACCACAAAUGAAAACAGAAGCACUUAUCGUCUCAAAGGAUCAAGCAGUAAUUGUGUUCCGGCUUGUAGUGGUGAAAGAUGUGCAAGUUUAGCCCUAUGUUCAGUAGAAACAAAUAGUAACUUUAACUUUUGUGACAUUAACAAAUCAUAUGAUUUUAUUUGUGGAACCAUUUCUAGUAAAUUCGAUCAAGAAGAGCACACACGCAGUGAUGAUUUUCCAAAAAAAAAUAUACCUAACAGAAGUGUUAACAGAUGUUGUGAUAAACGUCGCACACAUUCUAAUGAAGCUGGUACAAAUUCUAAUGAGGUUGAUACAAAUUCUAAUGAGGUUGAUACAAAUUCUAAUGAGAUUGAUACAAAUUCUAAUGAGGUCGAUACAAAUUCUAAUGAGGUUGAUACCAAUUCCAAUGAAUCAGGUGCACAAUCUGAUAGGGAAAAUCUUAACAACAUAAACAAUAUAAACUGUUCCGAGUCUAAUGAACCACUUCUCACGAGAGAAACAAACCGUGUAACCACUAUUAAGGAUCACUUAUUAAUCAAACAUGAGGAAUACCCACUGGUGGGAAGACUAACUGAGGAAAGAAUGAAACAGUAUCGUGCUGAAGAGAGGAAAAAUCGAAACUGUAAAAAAAACAAAUUUUUUCUUUCACAUAUUAGGAAUCAAGGGAAGAGCCAAAGGAGGAAGAAAAGCAGAAAAGAAAAUGGGAACCCUCAUGUUAAUCCAUGUACAACUCAGAAUGUCACUCUAAAAACCAAUCUGAAGGUUAACUCUAAACCCUGUCCAAAUUCUAAUCCAAACUCUAAUCCAAGCUCCAAUCCAAACUCCAAUCCAAACUCCAAUCCAAACUCCAAUCCAAACUCCAAUCCAAACUCCAACCCUAAGGGCCUUCGUGACAUACCCAAAAAAAAUACACGCGAAGAACAUAGCACUGGAUUAAUAGAAUUCUUCCCGAAACUUCCACAGUGGAAAAUAAACAGCAUCAAACGAUUGGGCGUAACAAAAAAUAACAAAAUAGUAAUAAUGCUGAAGAAGAAAAUUGUGGAUCAUGAGCAAAACAUAUGUAUAUAUUUUAACAGCUCCAAGGGGAAAAAAAAAACAGUUAAAUCGUCUAGUACCAAUCACCUUAUUCAUAACAGGAAUGGUGAGUUUACAAAUACUCUACCCUCCCUUGAUGGACAAAACAAAAAUUGCUCUUUUGAGAACGGUGUGGAUCGAGAUGAAAUAUUUUUCAAUGUUCACGAAGGUAAAAGCACCACCACGACAGUUUCAAAUUCGAGGGAAGACCAUGAUAAUAAGGAUGAUGUUAAUCAGGAUGAUGAUAACCGGGAUGAUGUUAAUCAGGAUGAUGAUAACCGGGAUAAUGUUAGUCACAGUGAUGAUAACCGGUUUGGGAAAGAAGAAACGAAGCAGGUGGAUGCACUUACCCAUGAUUAUGGCAAAGUUUCCGAGGAAAGAAAACCAAAACAGAUAGGAUUAAUCUCGCACAGUAGCGAUGCAAUAGUUCCUGUUGAGGAUAUCCCAUCAAAUCGUAAUGACGUCAUGCAAAUUAUGCAAAGUAGAGAAGAUGCAACCAAUAUGGAGUAUAAAAACAAAGAAGAAGAGCGAGAAACAGACUUGGCACGAGAAGACAUAUUCAUAGGAAUGGAGAAAUACAAACCUGUUGACAGAGAAAACGGGUUCAUAAAAUGUCUCAAAAGAGAACACCUAAUCGAUGGAAAGAUGCAACAUGGAACGUAUGAAACACAAAUUGCAACAAACAAAUAUAGCCACAUGGUUUUCUACAGCUCUAAUCCAGUAAUAACUCUGUUUUUAAAAAUGAAAUACAGUAAAAGCAUUCCCAGAUUAGGAAAAAAAAGAGUAAUUAAAGAUUGCAAAAAAUUUUUAAAAAGUAUAAUGCCAAAAAUGGAAAUUGAGAAAAUAUGUUUCUACGAUUGGGUAAAAAAUAAAUUUUCACGAGGAAUUAAUUCAUACAUUAGAAGAAAAACAUUACAAGUAGAUAAAGAUAUAUUAUCAUACCCUGUUAAUAGAUUACAAUUUGCAGGAGAACAUACACACAACAGUGGAUACACCAGCUCUUUAGUUAAUUCAUUUCUCAGUGGAAAAAGAGAAGCAUACAGAAUAAUUGAAAAAAUUAACAAAAUUGUUUACUGCAAUAAGUUGAUUAAAUGUUUUUAUAGCAGAGAACCUACAGGAGAAUUAGAAGUUACAAAUGUUCAUGGUGGAGAUGUUGAUAUUAAUUACACAUCUGAGAAAGGUUUGACAACUUCAUCUAAUCAGAUCUAUGGAUCAAAACCAUCACACUAUCCAACAUACGUAGAAGUAAAGGGACAUAAAGAAAUUACUAUAAAAGAUGUAGAUUCCAAUUUUUUUCUUCAUGUUUAUGAAGACGAAGUAAUCGGGUUAGAGAAGAAGGAAUAUAAUACAUGGUUUGAAAAUGCAAGAUGUAUAUUAUGUAAUGAAACACAAACAUUAAGUAAAUUAUUCAUAGGAGUAAUUAAAUUAAAACAUAGAAAUGGAUCUUAUCUGAAAUAUACAUGUCAUAAGGCAUGUCUCUAUUUUAACAAUUACACCUAUAACCAUGUUUAUGGCAAUAGAUACUUCAAUUUAACCAUCCUCUUUAAUUUUCUAUUUUAUAAAAGAUGUUCUAUUUGUUUAUUAAAUUUCCCUUCUUUGAAAUGUAGCAUAAACAAUUGUAACAAUUUUAUACAUAUAAAUUGUGCAAACAGUUAUUUAUCAUGGCCCAACUUUAGCAAAACCAGCAGACAUGAAAUCCUAUACUGUUACAAACAUCAGUACAUGCAUGGAAUUUAUCACAACUACUAUGAAGAAGAUAGAAAUGAAAAACACCUUCAUAUGCUCACACACGGGAGUCAAAACUGUUCUGGCCAUCAGGAUAUUAGCAAAACGGAAAGGCUAUUACUACAGGGACGAACAUGUGGCGCGACGGAAUUUCGAGAUCGAAGCGGUGUUAGAUGCGAUGCUAGGGGUGGACCGAGAUUCGAAUCCCAAACCGAAACGAAAAGCCACUGCUACAACUCACUCUGCAUGGUAAGAAAAGAACCCAGCGGGAAUGACAACUCUACGUUCAUACCUGAGGAAAUACCCUUGAUUAGAUACACAGAUGAGUACUUUCACAUCCCGGAGGAGAGAAAUAAUUGUAGGUACUUACCCAUCGAUGAACUAACUGAUAACGUACAUACAAAUAUUAGCAAACUGUUGAACUAUUAUCAUGAUAAAAAUAACCAGUUUUAUACACAGGUAGAUUUAAUCACCAUUCUUAAAAGCAUCAAUUAUGUUAAUGAAAAUCUCUACGUUUAUAUAAAGAAAAAAUAUGCAAAAAUUUAUUCUCCGUCUGAUACAGUAGAUGAAGCUGCUAUAGGUGGUGGUGCAUCUGGAAUGAGUAGCGCAUCUGGCAUGUAUGCCACAUCUAGGAUGUAUGGCCAAUCUGGUGCUCUAUUUUGGGGACCAUAUUACUACCAUGAAAUGAAUCCAAAGGAAAUUUUAGAACUAGAUAGAGGGAUCCUUGGACUGAGUUACUUAAACAGAGAUGUGUUCUUCUUGAAUGGGAUGCUCAGAAGUUCACUUCUACAUGGAGAACCAUGCUAUUACAACAACGCAGACAUAUUCAUUCCGAUAGAAAUAUACAAUGGACGUGUGGAACAUGGAUUCUCAGAAUAUUUGCACACUUACCAGGAGGAUGCAAACUUGAGAGUACAGCAGAAGAGCGACGAGCAAAGAAAAUAUCCCAUGUCGGUGAAUCCGAGACAUAUUGGGAAUGACACCAUGUUAGUUGAAGCAGUUGAAGCAGUUGAAGCGGUUGAAGCAGUUGAAGCAGCUGAAGCAGUCGGUGCAGAAUCUGGAGAUGUAGGAGUGCACAUCGAAGAAAGCGACGGGGAGGGAGGCGCCCCUCCCCCACGGGACUACAAGCAAAGCGACUCACGCGACCGAAGUGGCAUCAGACGUAAGAAGAAUGAUCCUGUAAUACCUAAUUCCAGUGCACGCAUCAGAAAUGAAAAAGGAAUGGAUCAAUUCAACUUUGCAAACACGGAAGGUAAUGCUUUUAUAACAGAAGAAGAUUUGGCCAUCUUGAAAAUUAUGUAUGAACAAGGAAUUUUGGGAUCCAUUAAAGACGAUUGUUUUGCACGCCCUAAUGAUGAAGACAUAAAUGUAGAUUAUAAUCAUAACAGAAGAGAAGGAAAAAAACAACUACAAAGAGAAAUAAAUGCACAAAUUGAUAGGGCUAUAAAAAAUAUGAACAAUGCACAUGCAAAUUUUAGUCGUAAAACAUAUCGUCAUCCCACUGAACCAAAGGUAUCAGAUAAACAAGGACCAAAACAAAAGCAACAUUCAACAAUACAACAGCAUCAAUCACACAAUGUGAAAAAAAACAAUGAACCCGUCAUUGAGUCAGAAGCAGGAAAUUUACGCCUUUCCAAUAGUGAGAAAAAAAACUAUAACUUACUGUACCAUCUGAUAUCGAACUGCUGGAAAGAAAUGAACCAAAAGAAUGUAAUGAACGAUGAGGAUUUAUAUGCACAACAGGAAGAAGAUACUAGCGAUGCAGAAGACUGCAAUGUGAAAAGGGUGAAAGAUUCUACACAAUCGCAAUUCGAAAAUGGUUGGAAAGUGCAUUACAAAGAGAACACAAAUUUUGUAGAUUCUAUUCUUCUAUCUCCUUCCCAAAAUGUGCUUUACAAGGAAAUGCAAAAACGGAUCAAAGGAAAAAACAUGACCUUUUCCACGCAGAAAUGUACACAGAAUCAGAAGAAUAUAAAAACGGACGGAACCAAUAAUAGUGCCAAUAAUAGUGGUAGUAAUAGCGGACUUAACAGUGGCAAUAAUAGUAAUGAUAAUGCAUUCUCGAAGGAAAGAGUCAGCACCACCUCAGCGAGCAUUAUCAAUAAAAGAACAAUUAAUAAUGCACAUGUGCAAAGUGAUAAUCGUAACAACCCGAUUGGUGAACAUAGAGACCCAGAAGUGCCAAUUAUGAAUCCCCAGAAAAGAAAAAAAAAAAUGGAAAACAGGAACAAGCUAGAAAUUCUGUACAAACUUUACCUUGACAAGAAUAAUUUGAACAAUACAGAUGAGGAUGAGGAUGAAGAUCAAAAUGGAAAUCGAAAUGGAAGUAGAAGUGGAAGUGGAAACGAAAAUGAAACUUAUAGAUCGAAAAAUGCCACUAGUGGUAGCAAACUGUUUCGAAACAAACUUCUAGAAAAUUAUUAUCACAUCUUGAAUGGAAAUUUAAGGAGGGGAAAGCAGAAGCGGUGCUCUGACUCGAAGUCCAAUGUACAACAUUACGGUACGCAUGAUUAUAAACAGGGAUCCAUGUCAUAUAAAGGAAAGGAGAAUAUGCCUAACUUCAAACAACAAACCCAUGUAUCGUCUUAUGUACCUUCUACCAACAAUUCGAAUGAACAAUCAGAGCAAUUAUUCCUCGAAAUGGCCAAAUCAAGAGGAAUACAAACAUGGAAAAAGUCGACAACAAGACAAGCAUCAAACGGUUCUAAUCAAACGGCAACUCAAAAGGGAGAUCACAAAACUACUUCGCGAGAGAACAACAGGGUCACAUCACAAGGGGAAUAUCUGGAAAUGUAUGAACAUGCCAAUGAACAAUACAAUCCAAAUGUAAUUUCCUAUGAGAAAAAUCUAAAGAAAAAAGAAACGACAAAAAAUUAUGACAAGGAUAAGAUUAGAAGCAAUAUAGAACUCAUAAAUUACAUGAAUAACAAAACUGUUCAUCUGGUUGAACAUUCAGACGAAUUAAAAAGAACAACCACCUCCACCUCCAUCGCACACCCCAUGUAUUAUACAGAGAACAAAAAAACAAAUAUACUUCCACCAAAUCAUAUUGUGAGAAAAGCUCAACGGCAGAAAAGUAUCCAAGAAAAGGUACGAAUAAUAAAUGAAAUAAUGAAAGAAAUAGAAUCCUUUGACAAGAAUAACAAUUUUAUCGUAGGAAAAGAGGAAAAUAAAAAAAAGGAAAAAAAAAACAAUUACUUAAAUUCAGAAAUAGAAAAAGCAGAUAAACAAUUCCUUUUUGAUCAGAUUAAAAAUACCGAAUCAGUGCAAAUAUUUAAUCAUCUUAGUAGGAAAGAGAGAGAACAACUGAUGUUAAUUCUCCUUUAUGCUAGAAAUGAAACUCAGGAAGAAAUGAAUUCUAAUUCGGAAGUGAAUACAAAGGAACAUACACAACAACAGCAUGAUGAUAUGGAAUACUUGGAUGAAGAAAUUGAACAAGCAGAAAGAGAAUUUUUACAAAAAAAAAGUCAACAUAGAAAAAAAAGAAACCAUUUGGAUAGAACAAACCAAUUGGGGAAUGCUACCUCUUCAGAUGAUGAUACCUCAACUGAUGAAAAAAAAAAAACGUGGAAAAAGAAUAACCAUCAUCUAAAUUUGCAAUUAUUCCAUCCUGAAGUGUUAAAUAUCGAAAAAAAUGGGAAGAAAAAGUUACAUCUCUUAUCAAAAGGUAACGAUUCGAAUUAUAAUCUAAGAACAAAACAACAGAAAAAUGGAAAAAAUUAUUUAAAUUUUCAAAAUGAAACACAUAUUGAAAGGAGUAGCAAUGGAAAUAACAAUGUAGAUAUUAUGAGAAUACCUGUAAUGGAUGAAGAACAAACGGAAUUCAGGACGAACACAGAGAACAUUAAUGAUCAACAACAACUGAACCGACUUAGUGUGCUAAGUAAAAAAUUGAAAUUAUUAAAUGAAAGUGCAACAAACAUGACUAACAAUCAAAAUAAACAAAACGAAAAAUUGAAGAAGAGUAAUUUCUCUACUAUCCAUACAAAAAAUUUUUUUGAUAAAAAAAAAAAAAAAAAAAAUCCGCGAACAGUUUCUUCAAACGUGAACAAUUAUUUUCCCACUGCAUUAAAUAGGAACAACGGUGGGAACAUCGACAUCGAUAGUGUGAACUCAUUAUCUUGCUUAGAAGAGAAUCACGACUAUACCAAUACCUGCGAUGGUUACAGCACUGGAAGAGAUUUCAUUGCAGCAGACUUUAAUGGAGAAGGCUUCAAUGGAGAAGAUUUCAUUCGAGGGAACACAGGGAGAAACGGUUCCUCCAGGAGUACCAAAAUGAACCGGGGGAGAGAUCAUCAGCAUGACAGAAAAUCAACCAAUGAAUUCAAAAAUAACCUAAUUAGUUACAUGGGCCUAGAAAAAUCAGCCAUGAUAAGAGAAAACACACUGAUCCAGGGUUAUGAACAGGAUCUUAUGCACAGAAAAAAAGUUGUGCACAGCAUUGGGGGAAGGGAUGCAAAUCGUUGUCACACUGCUCUCUCUGGAGAUCCUACUACAGUAGAUACAGACGAUCAAACCGAUUCGACCGAUCUGACCGAUCCGACUGACUCGAUUAAUCGGAUCGAUCAUAUCAAUCCUACCGAUGUCGUCACUAGUGAUGACAACAUGAACAUGUCGGAACCCAUCAGUUUUAAUGCACCACUGCGAGAGGAACAGAAAAGAAUCACUGCAAAAAAGACGCAAAGUGAGAACACGUCAAGGAACAACUCUUCCCACUUAUUACAUUUUAAAGAACCAAAUAUGAAAAGAAAAACUUAUGAAAUAAACAAAAUACUGAACCUGCUGAAGAAAAGUAAACCUCUGCUACCCGAAAAGGAAAAAAACAAAUGUUUUAUCUCACAGAACGAAAAGGAAUUACUCAGCUCGUACAACACUUUGAGACGUUCAAAGAAAAACAUAAGCAGCAUAAAGGAGCACCAGCAUCUUAGUCGUGACAAUUGUGACAAUCGUGAUAAUCUUCAUAAGCUUGAUAAACGUGAUAAACGUGACGAGAAUCAUCAUAUGCACAUCUUCAGAGACCAAGGACUAACACAUGACUCAACAAAAGGAAGAAACAAUAAUAUCACUAGAGAAAAACAAACCAACUAUCACUUUGAUGAGCUGAAAAAUGGCACAUGUGACGAUGAUGAAGAAGCAGAUGACGACGAUGUAGAUGUAGAUGAUGAUGCAGAUGAUGAUGAAGAAGAUGAUGAUGCCGAUGUAGAGGAUGAUGUCGAUUAUAAUAACGAAAUGUCAAAACAGAAUAGUAAGUAUAGUAAGCAUAGUAAGCAUAGUAAGCACAGUAAGCAUAGUAAGCACAGUAAGCACAGUAAGCACAGUAAGCACAGUAAGCACAGUAAGCACAGUAAACAUAUUGAUGCACCCUCCAGCAAUGGCACUGUGAACAUUGAUCGUAUGAUGAAGAAGAGAAAUAUAAGUCAUACAUUUGAUCACGUCGCUGGAAGGAUGAAUAUCUUAAACUCCUUAAUCCUGAAUCAAAGAGGCAGAACCCACGAGAUAACUGAAAAAAAAGAAGUGUGUAACACCGGUAGCAGACAUAUUGGACGGAGAGAUAAUGGAAAUAACCUCGCAAUCGACCUUGCCGAGGAUUAUUUCGUUCAGGAGAAGCAACAAGGGAGAAGCAGAAGUAGCAACACCCAAAGUGAGACUACUCCAAGUGGGAAUGCUCCAAAUGGAAGUGCCCAAAGUGGGAUCACUCAAAAUGGAACAAACCGCAGAAUCAAGAACACGAAUAACUUACCGAAUGAUGAGAUGGAAAGCAAAAGGAAUAGAUACAAAUUAGCCCAGACGGAUGGAUUGAAAAACAUGUAUGAAAUGGAACUAAACAAUAACUUAAUUGGUACUCAAGCGACAUAUAGUAUAAUUAAAUACAACUUAACGAAAAAUAAUCUAAUCAAUAAUGUUCUUAGUGACAUGAAAUCCAGUUUGUCACAAAAUAAUUUAAUGAAGCCGUCUCCGAGUAGUUACACUUACUCAGGUGCAAUGGAAGAAACAAAAGACUCUUCAUUUUAUCAUACCAAGAAGAAGAGAAAGCUAUAA